CCCAGGAAGGCGCUUAUGGGCGGCCUGACCGAGUAGCCACAGAGCUGCCCCGGGAGGCUCAGGCAGCGCGGGCUCCGUCUCCAGCCACCGGUGGGCGAAGGUGAGGCCCGGGGCUUGUGCCCGCCUGCCUCCAUCAUGCCCUCCGAGUCUCCCACGGGGCCCCCGAGUGUGGCCUCCAACACCACAGCGGCAGUGCCGGCGUGGGCCAACCUCAGCGUGCCAGAGACGGCCCUGUUCCACCUGUUCGCCUUGCUGGACGAGGAGCUACAUGCCACCUUCCCGGGCCUGUGGCUGGCGCUGAUGGCCGUGCAUGGCGUGAUCUUCCUGGCGGGGCUGGUGCUCAACGGGCUGGCGCUCUACGUCUUCUGCUGCCGCACCCGGGCCAAGACGCCGUCGGUCAUCUAUACCAUCAACCUGGUGGUGACCGACCUGCUGGUGGGCCUGUCCCUGCCCACGCGCUUCGCGGUCUUCUACGGCACGCGGGGCUGCCUGCGCUGUGCCUUCCCCCACGUCUUCGGCUACUUCCUCAACAUGCACUGCUCCGUCCUCUUCCUCACCUGCAUCUGCGUGGACCGCUACCUGGCCAUCGUGCGGCCCGAGGGCUCCCGCCGCUGGCGCCAGCCCGCCUGCGCCAGAGCCACAUGUGCCUUCGUGUGGCUGGCGGCCGGCGCGGUGACCCUGUCCGUGCUGGGCGUGACGGCCCGCGGCGGGCCCUGCUGCCGCAUCUUCGCAUUGACCGUGCUGGAGUUCCUGCUGCCACUGCUCGUCAUCAGCGUGUUCACGGGCCGCAUCAUGUGCGCGCUGUCGCGGCCGGGCCUGCAGCAGGGCCGCCAGCGCCGCCUGCGGGCCAUGCAGCUGCUGCUCACCGUGCUCGUCAUCUUCCUCGUCUGCUUCACGCCCUUCCACGCCCGCCAGGUGGCCGUGGCGCUGUGGCCUGACCUGCCACGCCACUCCAGCCUUGUGGCCUAUCACGUGGCUGUGACCCUCAGUAGCCUUAACAGCUGCAUGGACCCCAUUGUCUACUGCUUCGUCACCAGCGGCUUCCAGGCCACCGUCCGCGGCCUCUUCCGCCGGCAUGAAACAGAGUGCGAGCCCGGCAUUGGCGAUGUGGUCAGCGUGCGCAAGAGCUCCAAGGGUGCAGGAGGCCACUGUCACAUCCUUAGCACCGGCCCUCACACCCUCACACAGGCCCUGACUAACGGGCCUGAGGCGUAGUCUUGCCAGGACCUGGCAAGGGGGCCAACGGUCAGGACUGGGCCGAGCGUGCCCGGUCAGGGCCAGCUCUGCCUGGGUGGCAAAUCAGUUUCGCCUUGAUCAAUUGGUGAUGGCUAGGGAGAUUCUAAGGCCACUGUGCUUUGCUUGAUUAGCAAUGUCUGCCACAGGCUCUAGGUGAGCCGUGGUGGUCUGAAUGCUGAUUAUUUGCUAUCCCUAGAGUACAUAUUGUGUCCAUUGAAAACUCAGAGGGGUAACCAGGAGCUCCUUGCCUGGGCCAUUCUGUCCCCAGAAAGAGGGCCUCAGAAAAAGAGACAAAGAUGUGUUAGGUACCGGAGAUUCCAAGGAGGGUAAAAAGUCAACUUGAAGAGGUCACCUCCCCUCCCCGUCCUCUGUUCCCCUUCCUUCAUCCCUCCCCCACAAACAGAGAACAAGGACAGAAAGGAAAUGUCAGGGGACACAGUGUUACAUGAGUGACGUGAGGGGUUCAGUGCAGGACCCCCACUCGGGGUGUCCAUGAAUCACACUUACUGUAUGAUGCCCAGAGGCUGCCUUGCUCUGAGCCAGUAGUUGGAUAUUUGGGGUGACACCUGAACGUGCAACCACCCCACAAAAGUGACUGCCCACCCCUCUGCGGUGCAGGAGGGUAUGUUCAGCAAGUAUGGGUGCCACAGCCAGGCAAUGGCUGGGUCAGAAUCAGUCCCACUUCCUUCAGCACCCCCGUGCCUGUCCCACGGAAACUGCUCAGACCUUCCCAAAGCCCCCACUCCAGGAAUGGUCCCAGAGGCCCUGCCUGCUGCCCCAGGAGGGUGGCAGGGCUCAUGGCCUCAUCCUACUGAAGAGAAAGCCAAGAACAAAGACACACAGCAGCUCAAACUCACGCCUGCCGGCCCACGUUUCCCAUCCCCACACUUGGAGCCCUUUGUUCUCACCUCGGGGCAGAGGGCCUCUGGCCAGCGGCUCUCACCUAGCUCAUCCUGUCUCCCACCUUUUCUGGGAGGGAGCACUGCUCUGGCUUGGCUUCUGAUCACCUCCUCUGACCUGGACUCCAGGAUUGCCUCUGCGUGCCUCUGGUCCCCAUGUCUGCAAUCCAACCAUCCAACCUGGGUUCCUUGGAGACUGCAAGAACACCCAGCCCAGGGGGAGCCUUCUACCAUUCAAGCUUCUGGGGCUGGGGUGGGAAAUGGGGACGACCUCACACCUCUGAGAACUCAGGCUGAUGGCCACCUACGCAGAACUCUCGCUAGAAGGGCCUCCGUGCCCCCCACUCCACUCCUCUCAUUGACCUUGCAACUGCUGGAGACUGGGCCCCCACACUCCCAGAGAUGCUUGCUUCCUCCUCCUGAGUCCCAGAGGCCAGGCCAGCACUGUCCUGGGUCCCACGGGGGCCAGGGAGUGAGGUCUCUGCAUCCCCCUCCUCAUGGCCUUCCCUCCGGAUUUUCCAAAAGCCCGAGUGACGUGAG